CUAAAUCAUAAAAGGCCCCAAAGUCACUGGUGAGGAUGAAAAUUGUUUGGGCGCUGGCUCUUUUGUCCUGCUGCGCAAUUCCAUCCGUCGUAGGAACUCGUUUCGUUUGCUACUUUCCUAACUGGACAUUUUACCGAGGAGGUGACGGAAAUUACAAAGUGGAAAACAUCGAUCCAUUUUUGUGCACCGAUUUGGUGUAUUCUUUCGCCGUCCUGGAUGGAGCCACGUACACAAUAAAAAUCUUUGAUUCGUGGGUUGACAUUGACAAUAAGGGCUACGCCAAUUUUGUCGCACUCAAAACUCGCAACCCUCAACUGAAGACGACCAUCGCUAUUGGAGGCUGGAACGAUUCUCUGGACGGAACCAACAAGUACUCGAAUAUGGUGGCCAACCCGGCUAACCGAAAGAUUUUUGUUGAUUCGGUCGUGGCAUUUCUUGAACUUUACAAAUUUGAUGGACUGGACCUCGACUGGGAAUAUCCGAGUGGUGAAUCCGACAAAGCAGGAUUUGCUGAAUUAUUGAAGGAACUUCGACUUGCCUUGGGAACUAAAUUGAUUUCUGUCGCUGUAGCGGCAAACUCGAAAAUCAUCGAUGAAGGCUACGAUGUGGCAGUGAUGGCCGAAAAAGCAGAUUACAUUAACGUAAUGGCUUACGACAUGCAUGGGCCUUGGGAACCUCAAACAGAUCACCACGCUCCACUUUACAACAGAUCCUGGGAAACGGUGGAUAACAACAUCGAUUUCAUCGUCGACCACUGGAUAAGCAAAGGACUUCCUGCAAGCAAGAUAAACUUGGGAAUUCCCCUAUACGGAAAAAGUUGGAUCCUUGGAGAAAGUGUCGAACCGGAAUUCCUUGCUAAGACAAAAGGGGCAGGACCAGCUGGUCCACUCACAGGAUCAACUGGUUUUCUAGGAUAUCACGAAAUCUGUAAUUAUAUCCAUACUGAAGGUUGGGAGACUGUUGACGAUCCUGAGUACCUGAACGGUCCCUAUGCGUUUUCUGCGAGUAACCCAAAGUCAUGGGUGAGUUACGACGACACCAAAAUGGCUGCCAAUAAGAGUCAAUACGUCAUCGACAAUCAACUGGGUGGAGCAAUGGUUUGGGAUAUCAGUACCGACGAUUUUCGCAAUAAAUGCGGUGGUGGAGCCAAUCCUCUGAUGACAACUAUUUCAGACAAAGUCAUGAAUGCCGGAUCCCGCUUUAUUUGCUAUUUCCCAAACUGGGCCUACUAUCGUCCAGGCGAUGGCAAGUAUGUAGUAGACGACAUAAAUGCCACACUCUGCACCGACAUGGUCUACGCUUUUGCAAUCCUGGAUGGGAAAACUUUCAAGAUCGUAGAAUUUGAUUCUACAGUUGAUUUAGGAGCAAAUCAGUUUUAUUCAAAAUUCGUCGAUCUCAAGAAAAAGAAUCCGAGUUUGAAGACAACCAUCGCGAUUGGGGGCUGGGACGAUUCUCACAACGGAACCAAAUAUUCGGACAUGGUGGCUAGCUCAGCCAACCGAAAGACUUUUGUUGAUUCGGUCGUGGCAUUUCUUGAACUUUACAAAUUUGAUGGACUGGACAUUGAUUGGGAAUAUCCGAGUAGUGAGUCUGACAAAGUUGGGCUUGCUGAAUUAAUGAAGGAACUUCGAGCCGAAUUUGAUUUACGGACACCGAAAUAUUUGCUCACUAUCGCUGUGGGAGUCAAUAAAACCAUUAGCGAACUCGGAUACGACAUACCGGUGUUGACCGAGACAGCUGAUUACAUCAACAUUAUGGCCUAUGAUAUGCACGGGCCAUGGGAACCUUUAACUGACCACCACGCCCCGCUCUAUAAAAGGGAUUGGGAUACAGAUGAGACCAACAAUAUCGAUGCUGUCGUCCAGUACUGGAAAGAUAGUGGUAUGCCGUCCUCAAAACUCAUGCUGGGAAUUCCCCUAUACGGCAAGUCCUGGACACUCGAUUAUACUUACACGGAGGAUCCCACGCUUCCGGCACCCGGUUUGGGACCUGGAGCUGCAGGACCUUUAACCAAUCUACCAGGCACAUUAGGAUACAACGAAAUCUGUAAUUAUGUGAAAAACGAAAACUGGGCGGUGGUUGUCGAUCCGACAUUCCAAAUCGGUCCAUACGCUUCCACUCCGAGCGUGCCAAAGACUUGGGUUGGUUACGACGAUCCCGUCAUGGCCAAUGUCAAAAGUCGCUACGUUUUGGAUAGGGGACUAGGCGGAGCCAUGGUUUGGGACAUGAGUACCGACGACUUUAGGAACACUUGUGGUGAUGGACCCAAUCCUAUUAUGACCAACAUUUCACGAACUGUUGGGGUGACGACAUCGACUACGACGACUUCGCCGGCGGCGACCACCAAGACUACUACAGCCAGCACCUCGACGACUACGGGUGAGACAACGACAACAACGCCAAUAACACCCCGUCCAUCCACUACCAAACUGUCCACUUGGCCAAGAGUCACGACACAGGCUACGACACAGGCUACGAGUUCGAAAACGCCAUUUAUGCCAAACGAUGGGCACCGAAUCGCUGGCAAUAGUCAGCAACUCACAUUUUUGGCUUUCGGGUUUAUUUUAAUUAAUUUAGUUUUCUAGGACGUCAGAAUUCAAAUUUAACCAUUUUUAAUAAUUUCUAAUAUUUUAAAUCUUAUUACUAUAUAUUCAAAAUCUGCUUGAUUCGGCCCGCAAUACAUACGAGUGA